AUUUAGAUCCCAUUCGGUUUUAAUGUCUUGGUACCUACUAACAUCCUAAAACCCAUUAAUGCUGUUAAGUUACGCCAGGUCGUUAUUUGUAUAAAUGUUUCCUUAGCGUUGUGAUUAUUGUGCCACUAACAUGAAUUUUCAGGUUAAUUAUUCCUUUCUGUUAGUACAUAGUUUUUAUCACAAGUCUACAGUUAUUCGGAGUUUCAGUUGAUGUUACUUUUUUCAUAUAUAAUAUAUAAUUUACUUUUAGUGGACGGUAGACUUUUCAAGUAUUACAAAUAAGUAAUAACCUUGUGUAAAUUGUAAAUUAAGUGAAAUUGUUGAUAACUCAUGACAAAUAUGGAAUUAGGUAUUGAUGAAAUGCUGGAUAACUCUCAUCACAAAAUGUAUUCUAGUGAAUUAGCUACUCAAGAUAAAAUGAUAAUUAGAAUAAAAAAGCAAGAACCAGACGUUGACAUCGAAGGUAAAGAUUCAUCCACGGAAAAUGAUGAAGUUGUGUCGUACACUUGUGAAUUUGUUCAAAAAGUUGAUGAAACUGAAUCAGAGUUGAUCGACAUAUGUGAUGAACCAAUUGAAUCUAUUCGUCAAGAUGAAAAUUUUAUUUACCCGGCUAUAACUAACUCUGAUGAUGAAGAUACCAAUGAUGUGACAUGGCAACCACCAUCUAAUAUUUUAACUCCUGGGGAUCGCUUAACACGCAAAAAUAUUAAGUGCUUGUAUCCAAAAGUUGAAAAACCUGAAACAAAGAAAAAUAAAUGUAAAAAUAAUAAGAAUAACGAAGUAACAAUUAAACGUUUGAAAAAGGGUCGUUUACCAAAAGGUAAACAAGUUUUAGAAGAUAUAAAUGUUUCAAAGCCAGCUACUGAUUUUACAGACGAAACAACUAUUGAUGAAACGAUAACAAAAAAAAGUUGUGAUUCACUGACUCCUAAAGUUGGGAGACCAAGAAAAGGUAUGGCUACACCAAAACAACGCCUGGGGCGUAUUAUAAAAAUACACAAAAUGAUAAAAUAACUUCUCAG